GAAUUACCCCAAUUGGUAGAGCAGAGUCCGUGGCUGCAUAUAUAUACACACCCCUGGUCGUCUGGUUUUUCCGCGUGGUUUCGACUUCGAGAGUUGAAGGAGUUCAGAGCUUGGAGAGGGAGAAGAAGCAGGGACCAAAGAGUUGCCGAAGAAGGCGAACAGGGUCGAGAAGAGAAAGAGAGAGAGAGAGAGAGAAGAUGAAGAAGGCGCAGUUGGCGUUACCAGCGGGGUUCAGGUUCCACCCCACGGACGACGAGCUGGUGACCGAUUACUUGAUUCGCAAGUGCGCUUCGCAACCCAUUUCUGCCUCCAUCAUUGCCGAGAUCGAUCUCUACAAGUUCGACCCUUGGGACCUUCCUGAAAUGGCUCUGUACGGCGAAAAAGAAUGGUACUUCUUUUCUCCCAGGGACCGCAAGUACCCCAACGGCUCACGGCCGAACCGGGCAGCCGGAACCGGGUAUUGGAAGGCGACGGGAGCCGACAAGCCGAUCGGCCGCCCGAAGACGCUUGGCAUAAAAAAGGCGCUUGUGUUUUACGCCGGGAAAGCUCCGAGAGGAGUGAAGACCAAUUGGAUCAUGCACGAGUACCGCCUCGCCAACGUCGAUCGAUCCGCUGGCAAGAAGAAGAACUCAAGGCUUGAUGACUGGGUUCUUUGCCGGAUAUACAACAAGAAGGGCACCGUAGAGAAGCAUUUCCCCUCCGCGCUCAACAAAACGGCAGAGUCCCCCGAAAUGGACACCAAGCCAGAGAUCGUCAUGCCGGCGGCGCUGAACCCAUACACACCUCCACAAAUGACUGUAGAUCACAUGUACAUGGACUCGUCGGAGUCGAUGCCGAGGCUGCACACGGAUUCUAGCUGCUGCUCGGAGCACGUGGUGUCCCCGAACUUGUCAUCGUGCGAGAAGGAAGUGCAGAGCGAGGCGAAGUGGGAGGAUUGGGAGAACAAUCUCGACUUCAUGGAUGACUUCUUGGACGAUCCGUUCCCGCAAGGACAGCUCCAGUCGGAUCAGUUCUCGACUCUUCAGGACAUGUCCGCCUACUUGCAGAAACCAUUUUGAACAAGUCCGUUCAGUAACGCAGAAGUAGAAUUUGCUUUUAUAGGAGCCUGAAGCAUUCCAUUCGCGUUGGUACGCAUUGACAAGAUGGACUGAUUGCUCAUGUGGGGCUAUAGACUAGAGUUAGUCCUAGGAUUUUUGCUUGUUGCCAGAGAGAAGCAAAGCGUUGUGCAUCCACUAGCACGGUGAAAACAAUUUGACCAGCUCUAAAUUGGCCAGGUGACGACGCGGCAGAAGUGCCGCAAUCUCGAUAGGCCUGUAUAGUUAGUGUUUAGCAUCAUGUUACCUCCUGUCGUCUCCUGUUAAUACCUGAUGAAAGUCUGUAGGGAACUUGUUUGCUGUAAGAUUAUAGCAACAUUGUUUCAAUAUUUCAUACAACAAAUAUUAUUUUAAUUUUCAUUGUUGAUGAUUAAAUGAAGUUGAAGAAGGGAUGGUUCUAUGGUCUAUCAAAAGACAGAUCUUCGGUUGUAAAA